AAUGGAAGAGCAUCUGGCGUGCGAAUUUACUUAGAUACCGAGGCUAUGUCUCUCAGUGAUAUCUACAUAGUUAGACUGGUUGUGGCCAAAGACUAUCGCAAAGCUAGCGCUUAUCAAGUCAUCCAUUUGGCGAAAGGAGAUCCCCCUAAAAUAUAUCAAAGAUGUUUCAUUAAUUGUCUGCCUAAAAUCAGCCCCUCAGUACGACUUAGUGUCCGAUCAGAAUGCCAGGGAUUACAGUGCUUCAAAAUUUUUUCAUACGAGUGGAUACUCUACCAGCAAUAUGAGGGAAACGCGUCCACUGCUUGGCAAAGAAAACAUAAUUUAGAACUCAUUACCAGUACACCACUAAAUGCAAGCAACAUUGUUAUAAAUGGAGGUUCUCUUGCUGCUGGAAAUAAGUACCGCUUGGCAUUAAAUAUCACAACUACCGACGGUUUAUGGGCGAUGUCAGCCUACGACAUUUCCAUUGCGCUACCGCCCACAAGGGGGAAAUGCUCGAUCACUCCGUCAAGCGGCAUCUCCUUGGAAUCACACUUUCAUCUGAGCUGUAUCAACUGGACAAGUGACAGCACCCCCCUGUCCUACCAGUUUCAAUAUAGACUAGAGAACGGUAUGUACAAUGUGUUAUAUCAUGGCGUCAACAACUCUAUAGUUGCUCUUGGGAUACCGCCUGGGAACAAUGCAGAAAACUAUACCAUAAGCCUCAACGUUGUUGUGACUGAUAACGUCGGAAUUUCUGCCUCUCCUGUUAAUCUAACAGUACAGGUUAAGCCCUCCGAGAGUCUAAGACCAGAUGAAAUUUCAAGCCUUUUGAUGGCAAAUGACAGUUUGUUUCAUGAAGUCAUCAGUAAAGGAGACUUGGGAAAGGCGGCACAAUUAGCAAACUCUGUCCUUCAAAUUGUUAGACUAGAAACUAAGAUGAAUUUUCAGGAUAAAAUCAAGGUUAUAGACUUUAUAAUAAAAAAUAUUGCGUCAGUGAAAGUAAACAACACUGCAGACCUGCUUCAAAGCUCCUCCGUGAUUGGUUCUGCUCUUCACGUUUUGGAAAAGGUCUCUCCCGAGUCAUUGGGUGAAAAAUCUGUUAAUACUGCCCUUAAAGUGCUUAGAAAAGUUGCAGACGCAUUGUUAGCCCUGAGAGUCCCAGAUGAAAACAUGAUAUCGAUCUCCACCGGUCACUUGAACAUGACAUUAGGGCGACAUAGCCUGAAUGCUAUCAAUGUCAUUCAACCCCUACACCUGGGACAGCACCAGGGAGCGAGUCGACUCCGAAGUUCUAUUUCUGGACCUAAAGGACAAUAA